AUGAAGUACCAGAGCCUCCUGUCAAUUCUCGCAUACGCUGCCAGCGUUUCCGCAGCCGCCAUUCAAGCCCGCGACUCGGAUGCACAACUCACUGUGACAAGUUUGUCACCAAGAACCAAUGUAGCAGUGGAGGCGAGGACUCCAAAGUCUACGACAAGACCGGAUUGUUUUCGUCGGCUCAGUGCUCCGACAAUGUCGCUUCUCAUCACUGGGGGUAGCGGUUUCACGAACAACAAUUGCUUCCUCCAUAUAUUCUCGGACGAUGGGUGUUCCCAGCGACUGGCAGAUAUCGGUCCCAUUAUGGAAAGCAACGGCUACCCUGUGAGUCCACCGACAUGA